AUGGAGGAAAUCCUUGUGCUUGAAACACCCUUCAAAGUCCAGAAACGAGAACUGAGUGUUCUAACAUUUUUGGAGGAAGAUGCGAAAGAAGUUUCGAUGCCACAUGAUGAUGCCUUGGUGAUAACUUUGACGGUAGCUAACCAUGUUGUUCACCGAGUGUUGGUGGAUAAUGGAAGUUCGGCUGAUAUCAUUUAUUGGACGGUUGUUCAACAAUUAGGCAUUAGCCAAGAGAAGUUAAAACCCUUCAUGUCACCCUUGAUAGGAUUUGCAGGUGAGCGUGUCCAACCCAUUGGGUUGAUUGCUCUUCCAGUUACUGCGGGGACUGCUCCCAGGCAAUCCACUAUCAUGGUGGAUUUUUUGGUCAUCGACCGACCAUCAGCUUACAACAUGAUUAUCAGUCGGCCAGCUUUGAAUCAAUUAAGAGCGGUUACUUCUACCUACCAUUUGAAAGUGAAGUUCCCAACCAUUGAGGGAGUUGGCGAAGUCAAGGGAGACCAAGUUGUUGCCAGAAGGUGUUAUCAUACAUCUUUGAAGAAAUGCCCAAAAAUAGCACUUUUGACCAUCGGUAAUCUGGGAGACGAGCGGAAGAUGCAGUUGAGAAAGGAGCCAGCCGAGCCAUUAAUUGACGUACCUAUAGCUGAAGGAAAAGUUGUCAAGGUCGGUUCUCAACUAACUUCUGAGGUUAAAAAAAUCCUUGUUCGGUUUCUCCAGCAAAACCUUGAAGUUUUUGCAUGGUCUCCUGAGGACAUGCCGGGGAUUGAUCCCAAGGAUAUUGUUCAUCACUUGAACAUUAAUCCAGAAGUUAAGCCAGUGAAGCAGAAGCGAAGGAAAUUUGCUCCCAACAGGAACAUGGCAAUUGCCGAGGAAGUGGACAAACUUCUAAAGGCUCAGUUUAUUGAAGAGGCGCAUUACCCUGAUUGGUUGUCCAAUGUAGUGAUAGUUAAGAAGUCCUCUGGGAAGUGGAGGAUGUGCGUAGAUUUUACCGACCUUAACAAGGCCUGCCCAAAAGAUAGCUUUCCGCUACCCCAUAUCAGCUCUUUGGUUGAUGCAACAACAGGGUAUGAGUUGUUGAGCUUCAUGGAUGCCUUUUCGAGCUAUAAUAAGAUUUUCAUGCAUCCAUUUGAUCAGGAAAAAACAGCCUUCAUCACCGACCGAGGCUUGUACUGCUACAAAGUCAUGCCAUUUGGUUUAAAAAAUGCCGGUGCAACUUACCAAAGGUUGGUAAACAGGAUGUUUCAAGAACAGAUUGGGAAGAACAUGGAGGUUUAUGUUGAUGACAUACUGGUCAAAAGCAAGCUGCAGAUAGACCAUGUUACAGACUUGCAGGAGGCGUUCAAAACAUUGAAGCGUUUUAAGAUGAAAUUGAACCCUACAAAGUGUGCAUUCGAAGUCUCAUCCGGGAAGUUCCUCUGUUAUAUGGUUUCCAGCCGAGGGAUAGAGGCCAAUCUAGAGAAGAUCCAGGCAGUUUUGGACAUGCAAUCUCCAAAGAAUAUAAAGCAAGUUCAACAGUUGACGGGAAGAGUUGCAGCUUUAAAUAGGUUCAUUUCUCGGUCAACAGAUAAGUGCCUUCCAUUCUUUAAAAUUUUGCGUAAAGCUUUCAAAUGGUCUGAAGAAUACGAGCAGGCAUUCGAACAACUUAAGAAAUACCUGGCCAGUCCACCUCUUCUCAGCCGAGCUAUUCCUGGAGAAGUAUUAUAUUUAUACUUAGCCGUAUCUUCAACUGCGGUCAGUACAACCCUGAUUCGCGAGGAAGAGGGUGUUCAGAACCGGUCUACUUCAUUAGCCGAGCAUUGCAUGGGGCCGAGGAAAGAUACGAAGCUCCGACCAUACUUCCAAGCUCAUACGAUCAAUGUUUUGACCGAGUAUCCAUUAAAGAAAGUACUUCGAAAGUUGGACUUGUCUGGUCGAUUGGUCAACUGGGCAAUCGAAAUUAGUGAAUUCGACAUUCACUUUAUCUCUCGUAAUGCUGUCAAAGGUCAGGCUUUAGCAGACUUUGUGGCGGAGUUCACUAACAUCCAAGACCAAGAGGAUUGGCCCAAGGAGAGAACAUGGGUAAUUUAUGUAGAUGGCUCAUCCACCAAGAGAAAUGGCGGAGCUGGGGUCGUGAUUAUCACACUGAAUGGAAGAGAGUUGAAAAGCUCAUUAAGGUUAGAAUUCAAAACUACCAAUAAUGAGGCCGAGUAUGAAGCCGUAAUAGCUGGGCUCGGUUUAGCCCAAGAGUUGGAGGCAGAGUUUGUAGAGGUGCGGAGUGAUUCUCAAGUUAUAGUCGGCCACAUUCGCGGUGAGUUUGAGGCUAAGGGCACCAAAAUGAAACUCUACUUGUCCAAAAUUCAAGGUAUGCAAAAAUCUUUCAAGAAGUGUUGCAUUGUUAAAAUCCCGAGGGAAGAGAACGAGAAGGCCGACCAUCUGGCCCGUUUAGGUUCUUCAACCGAGUGUGAGGUGGGAGAAUCCGACCAGAUAAUACAAAUUCAGCAACAACCUUCCAUCGCUGAGAAGAUUUUUAUUCUAACUAUCGAAGUCAUGCCUGCUUGGGCUGAAGAAAUUGUUAGUUAUCUCGAAAGGGGAAUUAUGCCGGGAGAUAAGAGAAAGGCAGUACAGUUAAAGCGAAAGGCUGCUCGGUUCGCAUUAGUCAAUGAAGCCCUUGUUAAACGAGGUUUUAUGUUACUGCUCCUUAAAUGUGUUUCUAAAGAAGAGGGUGAUUAUGUCCUUCGAGAGAUUCAUGAAGGAAUCUGUGGCAGUCACUCGGGAUCCCGUAUUUUAGCACACAAAGCACCUCCUGAAGAACUUAGCUCGGUUUCCUCACCAUGGCCAUUUUCACAAUGGGGGGUGGAUAUAGUAGGGCCAUUACCUACAGUGAAAGGAGGAGUUCGGUUCGUUGUGGUUGCUGUUGACUAUUUCACCAAGUGGGCAGAAGCUGAAGCUCUGUUUGACUGUGAGUCCUUUCGGAAUUGGUGUACCGGACUUCAUGUUCGGAAAUACUUUUCAUCCCCGGGACAUCCUCAGGCAAAUGGACAAGUGGAAGCAACGAACAAAACAAUAUUCAAAAUUCUGAAGAAGAAGCUCGGUCAGCACAAAGGAGAAUGGGCGGAAGAUCUUCCCGAAGUUCUAUGGGCAUACCGCACAACCAGAAGGACUCCAACUGAGGAAACUCCUUUCGCCUUAGCCUACGGAACCGAGGUUGUCAUCCCUGCCGAGGUCAAAUCUGGGAGUUUUCGAGUGGAUGCAUUCAACCCCAAUUACAAUGGCGAGGGUCUCAAGUUGCAUUUGGAUUUGCUACAAGAAAAACAAGAUCAGGCCCAAGUCACAAUGGAGGCAUAUUAG